AUGCCCCCCUUGCCUGUAUCCCCAGGCUCGACCCACACCACAUCGCCGCACCCCACAUGCAAACGCUGCUGGCUCGUGGGAGCGCGGGGAGAGGAGGGAGAGGAGGGAGAGGAGGAGGAGGAGGAGGAGGAGGAGGAGGAGGAGGAGGAGGAGGAGGAGGAGGAGGAGGAGGAGGAGGAGGAGGAGGAGGAGGAGGAGGAGGAGGAGGAGGAGGAGGACGACGACGACGACGACGAGGAGGAGGAAGGGGAGGCGGAGUGA